AAUUAAAGAAAUACAAUUUGCAAAAAAAAUAUAUAUAUAUAUUUUAGGUAUUAAACUUUACUGUCACUGACUUUCUGAUUAAACCUGUGAAUCCUGACAGGUCCGUUAUACACGGGACAGCCUGGUAGUUUUUCAAUCAAUAAACUACAGUUCAGUUCAACGUGGCUAAGACCCGCCUACUUUCACAGAAUGAUGUUUGACUGACAUCACAAACAUCCAACCGCAGAGUGCAGAAUCUAUGAUAUAAACCUUAAAAAAUGGAUUAGUUAUUUAAAUACAAGGUGAUGAGUAAAAAGUAAAAAGUUGCGAGGCCUAGCUAGCUAAAUUACAUGAGAUAAAAAAGCGCAUGUGCAUCAGCUGGACAAUAUUUAGCUAAUGACUUCAAACUUCAUCACAUUUACUUAUCUUAAUCUUUGAUAACUUUUGGUAGAUGUAAUUUAUCUUUGAUGCAAACACGCUUGGAAAGUUUCAGUGCAGCUUAAAACAUGACGAUAACUUUUUAUCAAACAUUAAUUAACAUUAAUUAUUACCAUUAUCCUGGUAACAGGAUGUUGAGUAAUCCAAUCAGGGUUAAAUCGCACACUGAGCCCUAGUGAUUUAUAAAGACAAAUAAAACAUGAAGAUGAGGAUCACGUCGUCACCUAAACGCUGCUGUUCUGCGUGUGCGUCACUGGCUCAUUUCAAAUUUACGACCCGUUUGCUUUAUAAAGCGUUCUCACUGGUCGCUAAUCCUAAUAAUAUUGUGGAUAUAAAAUGCGUCAUCAAACAUCUUUUUUGUUCAGGUGGAGAGGAACAAAGAGCUGUGUAGUUGCGAGGUUCAAAGUACACGGCGUUAGAGUUUAUAUGAAGGAAACGCACACAAGACCGAAUCACAUCAUACUGGAUGUAACAGGUGAAGCUUUGAAGAUGUUUUUAUGGAUUGAAAUUAAACUCCAUGAACUGGAACCUGGAAACGAUCCAAGCCGACUAGCCAACCAGAUUUCCCCGUUUAUAGAGCGCCGUCGCUGCACAGAGUUCAAAGGACACGCUCGUCUCCGAAGCGUUCCCAUGACUAGCUAAUGUCUUUCUGUUUCAGACAUCACCUGCGGAUUAACAGAAGGAUGAAUCUUCAGGAAUGGACGUUAGAUAACGUUCUUCACAGCUGCUGCUUUUCAGGAGCACAAGGCUUUAAACUUAUAGAAAUAAUUAGCAGAUUUAACUGAGAUAUCAGAGAUAUUCAGGGAAAAGAGAAACAUUGCAGCUUGGGAAGAAACAGAUGUUUCUACUGAAUCUCGUGGAACUGCAAUCCUGAUUACGGGAAACAAGAAUCUACGAGAGCUGAGAAUCAAAAUUACACUAAAAGUUCAAAAGGUUCUAAAGAUAUCACCAUGAUUGAGUGCUGUGUCCUUUGAACCAAUGCUCUGGGAACGUCCUUUGGACUCCAGACUGUGUGGUGAUCAUUCCAGCGAGGUUUUAUCAACUUAACACCUGCUGUAAAUAUUGAUCGGAUUUCCUCAUUCCACAAAAACACAGCGAGGGGAAAGAGACGCCGGGUGUUUUCUCACCGGAAUACCGUUGUCUGAGGAGUAAAUCAUAAACUUGAGGUUUUUUUAUCUUUUGGACAAACAGAUACGAAUGCUCAUGUUUGGAAUGAGAAACGCUGCUUAUAUUUAGUACGGAAAACUGUUAACUUCCAGGUUGCCCAUGGAUACCAUUCUCAGGGAUAACGCUUGCAAUUUGGGACUUUACGAUUGAUUGGCACUAAUCUUCCAGAAUGGAUAACUUUCUCACGGAAAAUAUCACAGAACCAGGUGACAGAGAGAACACUAGUGAUGUUUCAGGACCCACUGAUGUUGAACGAAUCCUCGUUCCCAUAUUGGACACCUUCAUCCUAGUGACCGGAAUGGUGGGCCACAUCCUGGUCAUCAUCAUCAUCUUGCGAACCAUGAAAAGAGGACGUGGAACUAGCUCUGCGCGAAUCCAAUACGGUAACGCAAACGGAACCGACAUUCUCCUUCUGAAUUUAAGCGUGGCGGAUAUUUUCCUCCUGUUCUGCGUCCCCUAUCACACUGUCGCCAUAGCGACCCGCCACUGGCCCUUCGGAAGCUUCAUGUGCAAAGCGGUGAGCUUCCUGGGAGCCAUGUGCACCUCUGCUAGCGCUUUCACGCUAGCUGCUCUAGCCUUCAGUCGCUAUAUAAUCGUGGUUCACCCGACCAAAGCUUACCGCUGGCGCAGAAGCAGGCGUAUAAAAAUCGUCGCUGUGGUUCUGUGGGUACCGGCGAUCGCCAUGGCGAUUCCUCAGUUCACCUGGAGGACGAUAAUCUCAGGGACUGAACUGCGUUCAACCAGGCAGGAUUUGAUAUGUUUCAGCUUCCUGUCUGACGCCGACCAGAUAGCGUACGGCGUUUGCCACUUUUUGUUUGCCUUCGUUCUUCCACUAGUGGUCAUCAUGCUUGCUUAUGGGAACAUAUACCAUUUCCUGCACAAAACCAGACAGAAUCGUGAAACAAACCAGACGGAGCGGUUAGAACGGUACCAGACGCAAGUGACCCACACGUCGGUUCUGCUGGUUCUGGCUUUUGUUCUGUGCUGGUUGCCGUCCUAUGGACUGGUGCUGGUCCAGCUCGGGUUUCGAGCCACAGCGACGGGGCCUCUGCCGAGAUUCGGACCUUUUGCUACUUUUGCUCGCAUCAUGGCCACUUCAUCGACCGUCGUAAAUCCCAUCCUGUACGUCUUCAUGUCACACAAAUUCAGGAAGGAACUUAAGGAACUCGUGGGGAAAUGUAGCUGCUAGAGCAAGUUUUCUUAAGAAAUCUCGCCAGCUCAUUAUGACUGAAAUGAAAAUAUAGCGCUUAAAUGUACUGUACGUGGUUAUUUUCUUCUUUUUAUAUUAAACACUCCUUGAUUGUCA